AUAAAAGAAGUCAAUUUUCACAGGUGGACAAUCGCUCGCUCGCUCGCCCUCUGUGGUUCGUUCUAUCUUAAUACUAAUCUUCAUCAAAACAAAAAAUCGUUACAAUCUUCAAAUUCACCCGCUUAAAUAACACAAACACAGGUUCCUGCCAUUAGCAACUUUCCUUCAACCGCUCCCAAUUUCCGAUCCAUGGAAGAACCGGUUCGAUCAAAGAGACCGUUGGAAGAAGGCGAUGAAACGAAUCCGGCGAGUAACAAGAAGUUGAAGAAGGCGGAGAAUGUGAAGAAAGUGGCGGAGAUAGUGUUAGUGUUAGCUACUAUGGGGAAAAUGAGAGGCGGUAGGAAACCGACGCCGGCGGAAGUUAAGAUGAUGAGUGAAGCUAGGGAAAUUUUAGCUGAAAUUUGUAAAGGAUUUAGUCCGAGAGAGAUUUUUCCGACGGAUUCUUUUGAGACGGUUAUUGAUGAUUUAGGGCUUAAUAGAGUUAAGGAGAGUAAAUUAGAGGUCAAGAUUGAGAAUUUAUCGAUUGCUCAAAGAAUAGAGUUUACUAAGCUAAAGAUGGAGAAAUCUGAGGUGUUUUCUGAACCCCAUGGUACACCAUCACAAGCUAAUGCACCCGUAUCGGCGGGAAACUUCCAGCAUCCUUCAGCAGGGGUCCGUGCUUCCCCGAUUCCGAAUUCGAGAACUUUACCAUAUCAAUUGCCUGCAAGUGAAAUAAGGUCUGGGGGGUCUGGUGUCUUGUCUGGAAGGCAUUCUACUGCUUCAUCUAAUGAACGGGCUGGGAGACCACAACUCAAAUCUGAUCAAAGAUCAAAUGCAAAUUCGAAUGUAGAUAAUAAAGUAUCAAAUACUCCGACACGGUCUAUACAAUCUGGAUUAAAUAAGGGCCCUGCUCAUUUGACGAACAUAAAUCAUCAUAUGCAACACCGCAUAAACUCUGUUCAAUCCUCUGCUAUUGACACCCACAAUGAAAUUGGUAAACUUGUUAAGAAAAUAUUACUGGCGCAGAUGACACAGCAUCAUACGUGGACUCCUCCUUCAAGGGACUACAUGAAUAAGGCUUUAACUUGUCAAACGUGUAAGAAUAUGAUAAAGGAGAUCGAUACUGCACUAAUUUGUGAUGCUUGUGAAAGAGGGUAUCACACGAGAUGUUUGCAAUGUAAUAUAAAAGAACUACUUGGAGAUGAGUGGCGUGAAUGGCAUUGUGCAAAGUGUUUGGCAAUCAGCAAUGGAAAACCUAUACCUCCUAAGUAUGGUCGUGUAAUGAGAAACAUAAGCACACCAAAAGUGCCAUCCAGCACUGCAGGAGUUCAACCACCUGUAGAGAAAAAGAUGCAAUCAUCUAAUGAGAAUUUUAAUCAACGCCUAAUGACUGCAAAUGGCAGCUCUGGUUCCCAAAAUGUUACUAGUGAAUCCAUGACUGCAAAUGGCAGCUCUGGUUCACAAAAUGUUUCUAGUGAAUCCAUGAAAAACAGCAUUAGAUUAACAGAUACAGAAAUUAAUGGGGCACCUGAAAGUGCUACUGGAAAAUUCCCUUCAGAAAAAUGUCAAAGUAAUUUAGCUGAACAAGCUUGCGAGAGCAAGCCGAUUAAGGCAUCAGAAUCACAUAAGUCCGCGAAGUCCAAGGAUGAGGAAGGGGUUAAGUUAUCUCAUAACGGAUUAAAAUCAGAAUGCAACACAAAAGGUGAAAUCAAGGAGGACGAGGAAGUCGAAAGGGGUAAUCUUGUCAAAGCAAGUGAAAGCUGUACUGCAGUUCGUGAGAACGAACUUUCUUCGAGUAGUAUGCAUAAUGUUGAAUGGGUGGGAGAUAGGCUAAAUGAGGUUGAUGGGAAAAUGUAUUACCGUUCCUGCUCCAUCAAUGGAACUACGUAUCAAUUGCAAGAUUAUGUUUUAUUCAGCUCUGAUGGCAACAGCAUUAUGCCUAAUAAACUACAGGGUAUGUGGGAAGAUAAUUCGACAAAUAAAAAGUGGGUUACUGUGACUCGCUGCUUCUUUCCUGAUGAUUUGCCUAAGGGUAUCGGCCGCCCGUGUGCUCCAGAAAGCAAUGAGGUAUAUGAAUCCAACCAUGAAACAACAUUGGCAGCUGGCUUGAUACAUGGUCCAUGUGAAGUUCUUCCCCCACGCAAGUUUUUCGAGGUGAAGCAAACCUGUUCACCGACAGCAGCAAUUGACAAGCCAAAACCACUUUAUCUUUGCAAAUGGUUUUAUGAUGAGAAAAAACAACUGUUUCGAGAUGUUACCUGUUAGCAGCAUGGUACACUCAUAUUCGGAAUCUUAUUUAUCCUCUUGUAGCGGUGCCCAAGGCUCUCCUUGUAGCAGGAUUCAAGAAUGCAGUCCUCAGUAAUGAUGUCGAGUAGCUUGUACAGGGAUCUGCUUCCUUGAAUAUGUUUGUAUUGCUUCUAACGGGUAUCCCCGAUUUUAACAUGUAUUAAGUUUUAAAGUAGUGAUUGUUUGCUUCUUAGUGAGAUAGAAUGCUAUAUGGUUUUUGGAUUUGUAUGAGAAGGUAGUGUUUGUUGAAA